UGGCGAGUGGGAGAAGCUCAAUAAAAGAGUAGCACGUCCAAAGAUUUAUGGAAAAAUGAAAUCAUUCUCGUUAUUUGACAAAGCUGUUUGAUUUCCUCCAGAAUCAUGUUUCACAAUGACUUCAGUGGGAAGACUUGGACCAGGAAAUGUUUACAUUCCAACUCUUACGAUACAGACUGAAGUAAUGACUUGGCUUGGAAAGGCUCUGUCCCUACAUGCUGUAAUCCCAAGGAGUUACCAUCGGUGAGCACACUUUGUAUUCACCAUUUCAAAGGCAGCAACUUGACGUAUUAGCCAUGGCUUUCAAUAACCUGGGGGCGAUGUACAGUCUGGAUGAGGACUUCUAUGCAAGAAACUUUACCUAUCCGUUCAACUACAGUGAUUACGAGUUUGACGAUGAUGAUGUCACCAAGACAAGGACAUUUUAUGCAGCAAAGAUCGUGAUUGGGGUCGCCCUUGUGUGCAUCAUGCUGAUCUGUGGCAUUGGAAACUUUAUUUUCAUUGCGGCCCUCGCUCGAUAUAAGAAAUUGAGAAAUUUAACAAACUUGCUGAUUGCUAACCUGGCAAUUUCUGAUUUUAUAGUGGCGAUUGUGUGCUGCCCCUUUGAAAUGGACUAUUACGUGGUGAAACAGCUGUCCUGGGAGCAUGGACAUGUCCUGUGUGCCUCUGUCAAUUACCUAAGAACCGUGUCUCUGUAUGUUUCCACAAAUGCACUUCUUGCAAUCGCAGUUGACCGGUAUUUGGCAAUUGUUCAUCCAUUAAAGCCGCGAAUGAAUUAUCAGACUGCUUCAUUCCUGAUUGGGUCGGUUUGGAUUGUCUCUUUGCUUAUUGCCAUACCCUCAGCUUACUUUGCAACAGAAUCAGUGCUCUUCAUGGUUAAAAACCAAGAAAAGAUUUUCUGUGGGCAGAUUUGGCCAGUCGACCAACAGAUUUAUUAUAAAUCUUACUUUCUAUUUAUUUUCGCCAUUGAAUUUGUCGGCCCAGUCCUAACCAUGACUUUAUGCUAUGCCAGGAUCUCAAGAGAACUUUGGUUCAAGACUGUACCUGGCUUUCAGACUGAGCAAAUCCGCAAACGACUGCGCUGCCGCCGUAAGACCGUCUUGGUGUUGAUGUGCAUCCUCACAGCUUAUGUUCUCUGUUGGGCACCUUUUUAUGGAUUUGCCAUCGUUCGGGAUUUUUUUCCAACGAUAUUUGUUAAAGAGAAGCAUUACCUUUCCGCGUUCUACAUCGUGGAGUGCAUUGCAAUGAGCAACAGCAUGAUCAACACCAUGUGUUUUGUGACAGUUAAAAAUAAUACCAUGAAAUAUUUCAAGAAGAUUAUGCUGUUGAGAUGGCGCUCCACAUACAGCGGAAGUAAAGGUAGCGCCGAGCUGGAUCUAAAAACGAGUGGGGUGCCUGUUACGGAAGAAGUAGAUUGCAUCAGGUUGAAAUGAUUAUUUUCAUAUCUCUCUGUAUUAAACAUAUGUAAUAUAUUUCCAUUCCUUAUUUAAUCUGAUUUACAAUAAGUUUAUUGAGAACAGGGUUGAAAAUGCAGGGUUUUAUUAAAGGGACGCCAUACCUUUGUUUUAGAAUUUUCAUUUUGUAUUUGUGUAUUAAGAGGUGACGGUACAAUUAUAUUCAUAUUGCCUCUUUCCCCUCCAGUUUUUUUAAGGAUUUACUUGAUUGCCUUGCUUGCCUCUCCAAAGCCACCAUCGUCCUUGUCAACUCCAACAGCUU